AUGAAGAUAAAUACCUUUGCAUAAAGUGUUUAAUGGAGAAAAUUGAUAUUUAGAAUAUGGUUUUGGUAGAAGAAACUAAAACAUGAUCAAAUAAAUGAAAAGUGAGUAAUUGAACAAUAAAAUCAAAGAAUAUCAAAGUAGAAUUCAAAACUUUAAAUAAAUCAAAUCAUAAGUAAAAGAAUGAAAGUGUCUAUUAAUAUUACCAUAGACAAACUAUAAUCUAAUUUAAAUUAGAAAGUAACUGAAUUGGAAAUGAAUUAGAUGAUUAAGAAUCAAAAUCCACAAUUUUAACUUUUGAUGAAGAUGUAAGGAUUUUAUCAAAGGAUUACAAAGGAUCAUUCAAUUUUGAAAUUCCUAAACAAUUAGAGAAAUCUCUUGAUGAUAAUUCUUAUAUUGAUUCAAUAUUAAAUUAGUUAUAAUCAAUAAUUAAUUGUCCUAAAUUAAUUGAAAUCAAAGAAUGUUUAGAAAAAACAAAAGUAGAAAAUGAGAAUACAGAUAUAAAGUAAUUNAAUCAAUUUUAAGAAUUAAUUAAGACAGAGCUAGUAUCUAAUUUUAAUUUUUUUGCUAUUCUAUUAUUAUUGCCCACAUUAAGUGAAUAUUUGUUCAGACAGCAAAAUCUUUGAAUUUAAUUAAUUUUAAAUUAUUAAAGGUUGUAACCCUACAAGCAUUAUAAUCAUAAACUUAGGAAAUUUUAUAAAAGUGGAGAUUAUGAAUAUGUUAUGCUAUAAAGCUUUGAAUGAAGAACUUUAGGCUUUUGGUGGUCUAUUUCCAUUUUAUAAUCAAGUGUUUAAUAUCGCCCUAUUAAUUAACCUUACUCAUAUUCAAAACAAUCCUAAAUGUUGCUUGACAAUCCAAAAAAUUCAAAUUUGGAUUUUUCCUUUAGAUGAAGUAACUGAAAUAACAACUUUAAACCAAUCUAAACUUAUUUCAGCAUUCGAUAUUAAAAAAAUCAACUCUUUGAAUUACUGA